AUGCCUGUUUACGUGAGAAAACACCAGACAAUCACGCCUGCAACUUUUGGAGAGUUGUCAGAAGACGAGGAGGAUUAUAUCACCGACCCUGAUCAAAUUAAAGAUUCACUUCCUCAGCCAUAUCGCAUGGUUGAUAAACUUUUGCGUUAUGUCUAUGAUGAUAUAUGGCAGAUUAUAUCUGAAAGAGAGGAUAAAAAGGUUGAAGAAAUUUCUAAAGUGAAAGCUCCAAGGUUUGAAUGUGCUGUGCAAAUGCAGCUUCAUGGUAAAUCAACAGUGCUUAAAUCUACAGCUGAUGGAAAAUACCUGUUUGUUGGAUUAACUGAUGGAGUUGCAGCGUUGGAUGCAUCAUCCAAUACCACAAUUGCACAGUGGGAGGUAGAGGGAGUGGAGAUAUCUUCUUUACACAUUAGUAAACCAACAGAUGAGUGUUACUUGCUCUCAACAGUUGAUGACAUGGGCAUUGCAAGAAUGUUUAUCUUCCAUAAUGAUAGGCUCUACCUUCAACAUGCACUAAAUGAAAAGGAGAGCAACAACAAAGUGAUUGCAGUAAAGUGUGAGGCUUCAGCAGGUGGUGAAUACAUUGCAUUAGCUUUGGAAAAUCCAACUGCAGGAGAAGCCUGGAUCGAGGUGUUCAGGGUGCCUAGGGAUUCUAUUUUGAAGGAGUUGCAAUCUUUGACUGAGAAACAGCAGAGACAAGCCAGCAAGGCAGCUACCCCUCUACCUGAUUCUGAAACCCCAAUAGAGCUGAGUCACCCAGAUUCCAGUGCUGUGCUGCAAGCUGCUGUGGGAGAUGAUGGACACCAGUCAGCGGGGGCUAGAAGUCAGAGCCCAGCAUCAUCAAGAGGAGGUGCCUCCCCAGCUAUGGAGAGUUCCGCUGAUAUUCCCCAGCAUAAGUUUUCUAAGGCUGAACUCCUACUAAAGAUAAAGCAACCUGCACCACUUGCAGGCAUAUCUUCAAGCAGUCCAUACUCAGCAUUUAAGACAGUUGAUCAGAGUGGAGAUGUUAUUGGUAGUGGGAACACGCACUUAAUGACUCGUCAUCAUAUAGAGCAGCGCAACAACGUCUUCAAUCUUCUACAUGAAGACAAACUCAAGUUACUGCAGCAUAUGGAACCAAAGAGCACCAUUCCGACCCCAACAUUUCACUUUUUGAAUCCGGGAAGGAUGAUUCCUUGGGGGCAAGAACAUAAAGAUGAGCCCUCAUCCCUGGCUGUAUGGUGGACUGGUGGGACUCAACUGCUGCACUACUCAUUGCUUAAGACAUCUAAGGAGGUAGAACGUAAGCCUGAUGUCAUCUGGCCAAGUACAGGUCAGGUUGUGCAUAGCUGUGUGUCACCUGACACCUCCCUUGUAGCCCUGGCCUUAGACAGUGGGAAUGUGGCAGUCUGGGAUAAAUAUCUAGGAAUGCCAAGAAGAGUACAAAAUGCUAGUGAUUCUGCUAGAAUUACAAGACUUGAGUUCCUGAAUCCUGCAAUUUGUCCACAAGAUGAUUUGCAGUACCCACCAUACAAGAUGCGUGCUGCCACCUAUCUGCUAGUAUGCUGUGAUGAUGGCAGUGUGAAAUAUAUGAAUUGUGGGAUGGGGGAUAAUUCCCCCGUAACUGAAGUUCCCCAGAGGGAGUGCCACACAGAGUCUAUUAGUAGUCUAAUCCAUCCACUCCCUGGCCUGCCUCAGGUGGUACUUAAUGUGAAACAGAAUGGCAGGCUCUUCCUACAGGAUAUCCUAACUAAUGCUGUUUUAUGUGAGAUGACCUUGCCACAAACAUACGAGUGCAGUGACCCCUGGCAACCUGUGGUAGCAACACCAUGUAUGGGCCAGUUACUCUACGUCAAAGCCACUAAAGUAGAUGACCACACUAGUCCUGCACCCAACACUAGUGAACCAGAGCCUAGCCCAGGUCAACCAGAUACUCCUAGAGAUAAACUUUUUGUUUUCCAACUGCGAUCUUUUCCAACUUUAGACAAAUACUGGAGGAUGACAUUUGACAAUGUUCCAUACAACAUCCAUACUGAAUCUGGUGAUAGAAUCAAUGCUUUGCUCACUGAAAGGAUAGCUGUGCAGUCUCUAAGGCAAAGCAGGAUGCAGGAGAGAUGGUUCAACCUAAAGGGAGAAUUGGACAUAAUACAACAGAUACAUGAGGCCACCAACAAACGCACGGCCAUGAGAUCCAUUUAUGGGGAAUCUACCAUAUCUAGGACCCCACUAGGACAGGAAUCAAUUCACAGUAGAUCAAAUUACACUCAAGGGGUCUUUUAAUGUAUCAGAACCUACAGGGGUCUCACUUAUUGAAUGCUCCACCAAAUGUUGGACUUAUAACUCAGCAAGUGUUUGACACAAUAUAAUAGGGUCUAGGACUACUACUUUAAAAUGAUCACAAGAUAUCAUGGAAUCUCAAAGUUAUCAGAUUCAACCUAAGAAAACAGGUUCCUCUGAGAGUAAGAAUAGACUUUGUCUCUAAGACCUACAUAAUGGAUAUUCACCUAAAUUCAUUAGUGUAAAUAUCAAUGUAAAUAAGUGUACAUAAAGAAAAUGUUAAUAUGAUGUGUAUAAUUAUUAUUAUUUAUCCCAUAGUUAGAUCAAUUCUGUAUGAUAAAAUGUAAAUAAAUGUAUGACAUUUUGCUAAUGCAUAGAAAAAAGCUAUAUCUAUUAACAUUUCAUUGAACACAGGAGAUAUAGAGCACUCCGAUCUAUCUGUUGCGCACCCAGCCAUUCAUCUGUCAAUAUCUUUGUCCAUCAAUCUGGGCGAUAUCUCAGAUAUGGUUGACCCUAUAUCUUCCAUCUUUUAUACACAUACUUUGGGAAUACAAUUUCUGCUUGAAAGUCAAUUUUUAUUUUGUUGU